GCUGUUUGUUUGAAACCGGAGUUGUGCGCUCGCUGUGGUACAAACUAUUCUAUCAUGGUGACAAUGGACGAGCGAGCACCCUCUUUCUUUGAGAAGUUGGCGGUGAAGGGGAAAAAGGAGCCUCUGGUGCCGAUCGGGGCCUUAGCGACAGUGGGAUUCUUGGUGUCAGGAAUCUACUCUUUCAAGCAGGGCAACAAGCAGCUUUCGCAGAAGCUUAUGAGGGGCCGGGUGGUCGCACAGGGAUUUACGAUUCUGGUAAUGACGGCGGGGUUCUUCAUGGCGGGGCCACCGGAGAUGACCAGGCAGACGGUGGAGGGAAAAAUGGACGCUAUAAGCAAGCAGACCAACCGGUGGUCUGGGGUACCGCCCCCAACCGCCCAGGCCAAAGCGGUAGCAAUAGAGGACGGCCGACAGUGAAUCUGUUCGUAGCGCGUUUUGACCGUAGUCCCGGUACCGGCAGAUAUUGUUCAUGUGGUAGGAUAAGGGCGGGGACGUGGCUCAGGAUGCCUUUGUACCUCAGACAUGAUGAACGUUGGCUUUUUUUUUGUGACUGCACACCGGGGCAUUGUUUCUUCUUUUCCCUGGCGUCGUUUGUUUUUGACAACGGACGCGCGUUUAGGCGGCGCUGUGACUGAGGAAACCCCGUACUACCGGUGCAGGCGAAUCUUGUUCAACGGUAGGUUUUAGAUAGCGGCGGCGACAUUGCUCAGGAUGUCCUUUUACCUCAGGCAUGGUGGACAUUGAGUACUAUUUUUCUUGUGGCACACCGGGCUAUUGCUUCUUCCUUCACGCGACUUGUUUUGGACAACGGAUGGACGUUUUGGUGGCAUCUCGUCUCGUUGUAACCGCGCAGCGGCACCUGUGUGUGUUUGUGUGCAUUUUUUUUUGCUUCGCUGGCGAGUGGACCCUCACAUCCUUCAUGCAUGCAGGUGCCAAAGCUGUGCGAUGUUGAAUAGUUUUUCUAAUAUAAUGGGGGCACGUGGUGCGUCAUGUAUAUUUUUGAGGCUUUCGAAUCAUGGUCUGUGAGGCCAGAUCGGUAGAUUAUUUUUUUCUUCCGAAGAUACAUGUCGGGUUCCGAUUUUCAACAACACGAAAUAGCAGUUGAAAGAAAACGUUUAGUCUAAUUCUCAAGUAACUUUAUUGGUAAAAAAUACCCCAGUUUCGUGUAACCUUCCUCCCGAUGAUUUGUGCUGGGUAAGUGACACAACAGGGUAGUAUACCAUACAUACCU